CCUGUGCGUGUUCCUUACACCGCUUACACUACGGUACAGUGUUCUAACUACGGUGUGCUGUACUUGCACUGCCGAAAACGCUUCAUUUUCGAUGGUGAGGUAUUGUUCGGUUCCACAAUGCCGUACAUACUGCACAGAGCCAGGGAUAAGCUUCCAUUUCUAUCCCACCGACGCGGAGCGUCGUCGAGUGUGGCUCAUCGUGCUUCGCAGCGGCAAGACUCCUUCCAAGUACGCGAUGGUGUGCAGCAAGCACUUCGACGACGGUGCGUUCAAGCGUUCGCGGACGAGAAAGGAGGGGUUCAUGCGGAAGAGAUUGAGGCCUGACGCACUUCCGACACUGAACUUGCCAAAGCGCAAACUUGACAAGUGUAAGCCUCCUCGCAAGCCACCGGCAAAAAGAGCCCCGGUUUCAAGGCAGUCGCAGAGGCCUGAAAGCAUAGCCAACAAUGUUGCAGAUGUGCCACUGAGGAGGUGCCCCUGUGGCCAAGUGCUCAACACGGAUGAUGCAAGCCAGUUCCCAGGUUGGGAAGUGCGGAGGGAGGUGUCCAUCCAGUGUGGCUUGCAACAGAUGCCCCCUCUGCCUCUCCCACUGGAUGUUGUUCCAUCAGCGACAACUGGUGACAGUGCUGAGGAAGGAACAGACCACGGCACGGGCAAUGCACCGAACCAUGAACGGCUUUUUUGGUGCCAUCUCUGCAAAUACUCAGCACCUAGCCUUUCCAAGUUGAAAUCGCACCUGUUAUCACACAGCACAGUGAAACCUUUCAAGUGUGAGGUCUGCCCAGCGGCAUUCAAGAACUUGGCAUCCUACAAAGCCCACAUCUGCAAACAUACGGGAGAAACGCUCUACCAGUGUGACCUUUGCCCAUAUUCGACUGGUUACAAGUCACGUGAGUUGGAGCACAGAAGAACUCACUUGAAUGCCUGUACCAUGUGUGCAUAUCGAACUAAAAGCGAGUCAAGACUCUGCAUACACCAGCACCAACACACAAGCAAUAAGCCUUUCAAGUGCAAAGUCUGUUCUCUUGGCUUCACCCGAAAGUACUCCCUAAAGAUUCACAUGCAGCGACAUUUGGAGUCUCAGCUUUCGUGAUGAUUAUGGGCUUCAUGAGAGCAGCAUCCACCAUCGAGCACCGCGGAAGCAAGAGCACAUGCACAAGCCAGGAACACAGGCUUGACAAAAGGAGUGGCUAAUCCACAUGUGCUGCAGAAGAGGUGUCCCUGUGGUCAACAUGAGUGAUGCAAGCCCGAUGCCAGGUUGGAAAGUGCAGAGAGAGGUGUCAAAACAGCACAGCUUGAGACAGAUUCCCCCUCUGCCUCUCCCAGUGAAGAUUGGUAAUUGUUCCAUCAGUGACAAGUGGUGGCAAUGCUGAAGAAGGAACAGGCCACAGUGCGGGCAAGGCGUCUAAGAACAAACAGCUGUUUCAAUCCCAACUAUGCUAAUGAGCAACGAGCCCUUCCAAGUUAAGAUAGCACCUCACCACAGAGAAACCUUUCAAGAGUGAGCUCUGCCUGGCAGCUUUUAAGUGCUUACCUACAAAGCCCACAUCUGCAAACAUGUGAGAAAGCCUGUACCAGUGUGACCUUGACCCAUAUACGGCUUCUUACAACACACCUGUAGGGGCACAGAAAAUCUCACUCGAAUGCCAUGAUUUACGGCUGGACCGUGUGUGCAUAGAGCAUUAAAGCAAUUGAAAACUCCAUACGCAUAAGUAGAAACACACAUACAAUAAGCCUUUCAAGUGCUAAGUCUGCUCUUAUGUUUACAGCAAGAGCUCUAGUAUCUAAAAAUCCACAUGCAGGAACAUUUGGAGUCACAGCUGUGCUGAAGAUUAUGGGCUUUCAUUAAAGCAGCAUCCACCAUAAAGCACCUCGAAAAAUGAGUGAAUGCACAUGGGAGGUACUCAAGCUUGUUUAUUGACAUGGGCAUUACAUAGGCAUUGUUGACGCCUAUUGCUGUACAUGGUGAUCCUUGCAUUCAGUGAUGCAUUUCCAGUUGGUUGAACCUCCCACACUGAAAGAGUUUCUUGACUAUAUGGUAGAAUCAUGCUUAUUUUGCACCCAAAUACUAAGAGACUGCGCAAAAUUUGAUGUGUCGAUAAUUUAGUCUUCCAGUACAGUCAAAUCUGGAUGAAUGGAACUUCGAAAUAAAAGCCACGUUUUCUUUUCGCAGUUGUGGUGUUUGACAGUGGUGGGCACGCACAGCUGUGCAUGCCAUACACUGCCACAAGUCCGAGCACUCCCGGCUC